UUUUCUUUUGUGUACAAUUCUCUUUAGAUGCAAUCAUCGCCUAUGAAGUGCUAGACUUUUCUUUUAUCUCAUAAAGCUAUUCAUUACUCUUGAGGUCUUGGUAAGUGACUGUUAAUGUGUUUCGAAGCUACACAAACCUUUGUUAUUCAACAUAGAAAUAGUCGCUGUGCUCAGAGCAAGUUCUUCAUUUAUAAGAUAUUUUAUCGUUUUUCUCUAUGAUGCUGAUAAGAAUAUUAUUGCUAUUUCUCUUUGAAUCUCUUUCCUUAUGUGACAGCAUUUCUAUAUGAUUGGAAGAGACAAGAACAGGACUGUUUGGAGGGUAUUAAAGAUUGAUCGAUUAGAACUUUCUGAACUUAAUAUUCUUGAAGAUUCCACUAGAUACUCAGAAAUUGAAUGUUCUGAUCUGUUAAGACGGAUACAUGAAGGAAACAGGCCCACAGGUGGCCUUAAAUUUGUUACAGCUUGCUAUGGGAUCAUCGGGUUUUUGAAAUUUUUGGGACCUUAUUACAUGCUGCUAAUCACGAAAAGAAGGAAGAUUGGUGCAAUUUGUGGCCAUACUAUCUAUGCCAUUACCAAGAGCGAGAUGAUAACAAUUCCCAAUUCUUCUGCCCAGUCAAAUAUGGCUUAUUCUAAGAAUGAAAAAAGAUACAAGAAGCUCCUGUGCACAGUGGAUCUUACAAAGGACUUCUUUUUCAGCUACUCGUACAAUAUCAUGCAUAGCCUCCAAAGAAAUUUAUGUAAGAAUGAGACAGGAUUAGCGCAUUAUGAAACAAUGUUUGUCUGGAAUGAGUUCUUAACUCGAGGAAUCCGGAAUAAUCUCAAGAAUACUCUGUGGACUGUCGCACUGGUAUAUGGCUUUUUCAAGCAGGUCAAACUUUCUGUAUCUGGCAGGGACAUUAAAUUAACCCUCAUUGCAAGGCGUUCUCGACAUUAUGCUGGAACAAGAUAUUUGAAACGCGGUGUGAAUGAGAAAGGUAGAGUAGCAAAUGAUGUUGAGACAGAACAAAUUGUGUUUGAUGAUGUUCCUGAAGGAUGCCCCACACAAAUAAGUUCCGUUGUCCAGAAUAGAGGUUCUAUCCCACUAUUCUGGUCCCAGGAAACUUCGCGCUUGAAUUUGAAGCCUGACAUCAUAUUAUCACAGAAGGAUCCAAAUUAUGAGGCCACAAAACUACAUUUUGAAAAUCUUGCAAGGAGAUAUGGAAAUCCAAUAAUCAUAUUGAAUUUGAUAAAGAGGUGUGAGAAGAAACCUCGGGAAACUAUUCUUCGUACGGAGUUUGCAAAGGCCAUCAGAUCUAUCAAUAAAAGUUUAUCCAAGGAAAACCGUCUGCGGUUUCUUCACUGGGACCUAAGUAGACACUCCAGAAAAGCUACAAAUGUGUUGGAACUUCUAGGCAGAGUGGCUGAUUAUGCAUUAAACUUAACGGGCAUCUUUUACUGUCAAGUAACACCAAAUCGUAUACCUGAGGGGUUGUUGAAUUUAUCUUGCUUGGUGCAAAAUGAUGAGCACAUUGAUCAGACCCCUUCCGAUAAAAGUGAUGAUAUUGAUAAGUUGGAAAUGAAUGUUGAUGGUGGUAAACAGAAUUCUACGGAAAAUGUAAAGUCUCCCAUGUUCCAAAAGGGAGUCCUUAGAACCAACUGCAUUGAUUGUCUAGAUCGCACUAAUGUUGCACAAUAUUCUUAUGGUUUGAUGGCUCUUGGACGCCAGCUCCAUACUAUGGGAUUCACAGAGUCCCUAACUAUUGAUCAAAAUAGUCCUUUGGCUGAGGAUUUAAUGGUAGUUUAUGAAAAAAUGGGUGACACACUUGCUCUUCAAUAUGGUGGAUCUGCAGCCCACAACAAGAUAUUUUGCCAAAGGAGAGGUCAAUGGCAAGCGGCAACUCAGUCACAGGAGUUCUUUAGGACUUUGCAACGUUACUAUAGCAAUGCAUACGUGGAUGCAGAAAAACAAAGUGCCAUUAAUUUGUUCUUGGGUCACUUUCAGCCUCAACAGGGUAAACCAGCACUCUGGGAGUUGGAUUCAGACCAGCACUAUAGCGUUGGAAGGCAUGGCCCUAACCUUUUUAACGAGGAUGCUAGGACAUCUUUUAAAAGAUCACUGUCUGAUGGCAGCAUCCUUUCUCCCAUGGGUGCGACAAAUGUCAGACACCAUCAGUCUCUGUCUGGAAAUAAAGACGAAGCUACCUAUGCUCUUUCAGAUUCCACUCCAGGAAUGCCAUAUCGUGACAUUUCUUAUUCGAGGUUCACUCCAAGAAUGUCCUGCAGGCUACUUUUCGGAGAUAUGCAGGACCAAUUUCCUGAUAGUAAUCGCAUAUGUUAUGAAAAUGUGGAUGAAUGUAAUUGCACCAAUUUUGAUAUGGACUGGAUUUCUUCAUCAGGAAAUUCAUGUGAUGAUGAUGUGUAUGACAGGUCUACCACUGGCCUAUCCGCUGAAAUUAUUGGUGGUGAACUAAGAAUCGACUCAGCUACGUCUCCAAGUGAAUCUGGUUCUAGCAUAAAGGGAGUUGACCGAACUGCAUCCGAUCUGACAUGUGAUGGUAUCAUGGAUGAAUAUUCGGAGAGCUUUAUGGAUUGGGUCAUUAAUGGAGAUUUGCUUUUUCCACUAAACUUUAAGUUGAAGUAGGUAGUUGUAGUUUCAUGAUAGAAUUCAUUUCAAUGAAUCCAUCCGAAGGAUGUGAUUCCGUUUCGAAGUAAUAAAAAAA